AUGAAUUGGGCUAAUGCUUCCGGGCAGAAUGCGGCUAUGUUUCUUUUAGAUUUUGAGAAAGCUUAUGACAGGGUUGAAUGGGACUUUAUUUUGAUGAUGCUAGAAGCCUUUGGAUUUCCCGUAGAAUACUGUAACUGGGUGAAUAUUCUCCUUAAAUACACUUCAAUGCUGGUGGGGAUUAAUGGCUCUCUCACUCAGGUAUCCGUUACAAUGCAGAUAGAGAAGAAUAAAUUCCUUAGGUUCCUUAAAGAUGGACACACCAAUAUAUUCAUACAUGAGGUAGAGAAUGGGUAUAAAUGGAGGCGAGCCGCAAGGGAGCACAAGUCCAUUGGUACAACUUUGGAGAGUCUUGGGGUUGAGAUUGGGAAAGCUAAAGACCCAAUGGUGGAACAUAUUCAGAUGCUAAGCCAGUUACUUGAGAGAAAGUAG